AGGAGUGGUCUGGUCCAGGAUCAGUCCAGGUGUGGAGUGUGUGAGCAGCUUCUGACAGAUCCAGUCUCGAUCACCUGUGGACACAGUUUCUGCAGACAGUGUAUCAGCAGCUACUGGGACAAAACUGCUCUGUCAGAAGACUUUAUCUGUCCCUGUUGUAGAAAGAGAUCUAGAACACGUCCUGCUCUACAUCCACACAUAGAGGAGUCUAUAAAUCAGGAUUCCUACCAACCAGUGGAUGAUGUUCUGCAGAGAGUCUUACAGAAACACAGAACCAGCAUGAAGAACAGAUACGAGAGCUUAUAUGAGGGAAUCAAAACACCAGAGAAUAGAACCCUCCUGAACAGGAUUUACACUCAGCUCUACAUCAUAGAGGGAGAGAGUGAAGUAGUGAAUAAAGAACAUGAGGUUCUACAGAUGGAGAAAAAAUCCAGCAGAUACUUACAGAACACUCCAAUCAACUGCUCAAAUAUCUUUAAACGUGUAGAAGAUGCAGAGGGAGAAACUGAAGAUGAGAACAUUAGAGCUGCGAUGGACAGUGGCCUCAGACAAAGCAAAAGUGUAGACGAUAAAGAUAUCAGAACUGUGCUGACUAAAGGAAUUGCUGGAAUUGGGAAAACUGUCUCUGUGCAGAAGUUUAUUCUGGACUGGGCUGAAGGAAAGACCAAUCAAGAUGUAGAUUUCAUGUUUGUGUUCCCAUUCCGAGAGCUGAACCUGAUUAAAGAUGAUCAGUACAGUCUUCAUACACUUCUGUGUGCCUUUCACCCUGAUCUCAAAGAUCUGGACCCUAAGAUCUAUGAUAUGUGCAGAGUUGUGUUCAUCUUUGAUGGACUGGAUGAAAGCAGAAUUCCUCUGAACUUUGAGGGGUGUGAGAAAGUAUCUGACGUAACCAUGACAUCAUCAGUUGAUGUGUUGAUGACAAACCUUCUCAAAGGAGAGCUGCUGUCUUCUGCUCACAUCUGGAUAACCUCCCGUCCAGCAGCAGCCAAUCAGAUUCCUCCUCGGUACAUCAGCCGUGUGACAGAAAUUCAGGGUUUUGAUGACCCACAAAAGGAGGAGUACUUCAGGAAGAAGAUCAGUGACCAAGACAAAGCCCAGAAAAUCAUCUCCCACAUUAAGACAGUGAGCAAGCUCCACAUCAUGUGCAACAUUCCAAUCUUCUGCUGGAUCUCAGCCACUGUGCUUCAGCCAAUCCUGAGACAGAGUAGCAAAGAAAUCCCUAAAACUCUGACUGAAAUGUACUGCCACUUCCUGAUCACUCAGGCCAACAUUAAGAAUGAGAAGUAUGAGGGAAGCUGUGAUAGGGAUACAGUGGAAUUGCUGGAAUCCAACAGAACUGUGCUUCUGAAACUGGCUGAAUUGGCUUUUAAUCAGCUGAUGAAGGGAAACGUGAUGUUCUUUGAAGAGGACCUGAGAGAGAGCGGUAUUGAUCUCACAGAAGCCUCAGUGUACUCUGGGAUCUUGAGGGAGGAAUGUGUGCUUUAUCAGAGGAAGGUCUACAGCUUUGUUCAUCUGAGCUUUCAGGAGUUUCUGGCUGCUCUCUAUGUAUUUCACUGCUACUUGAUCAAGAACAUGGAGGUACUGAAGGUUUUUAUUCCAUUGGACAGUGGAUGGCCUGAAAAUGUUUCACUGGAUGUGCUCUUAAUGGAAGUGAUGAAUAACGUCUCAAUGAGUCAGAAUGGACACCUUGAUCUGUUCUAUCGUUUCCUGCUGGGCAUCUCACUGGAGUCCAGUCAGAAGAUCCUACAGGGUUUCCUGAUCCACACAGAGAGCAGCUCAGAGAGCAUCAACAAAACAGUGCAGCACAUCAAAGAGAAAAUGGGAGAAGACCUUCCUAAUGACAGGGCUAAUAACCUUUGCCUCUGUCUGACUGAAAUGAAUGACCAGCCUUUUUUCAGAAAGAUUCGGGAGCUCUCAAAAUCAGAGAAACCCUCAGAAUAUAAAAUGUCCGCUACAGAGUGUUCAGCUCUGUGCUGCAUGCUGCAGAUGUCAGAGGAGGUGAAGGAUGAAUUAGAUCUGAAGAAAUACAGCAAUUCAUGUAAGGCUUAUGUAAAACUGCUUCCAGCUGUGAAGAACUGCAGAAAGGCUCUACUAGAAGAGUGUAAUCUCACCAUGAACCACUGUGAAACUCUCAGCUCUGUUCUGAAAUCAGAAAACUCCCUUAUAGAGCUGAACCUCAGUAACAAUUACCUGCAAGAUUCAGGAGUGGAGCUGCUCUCUGCUGGACUUAAGAGUUUACACUGUAAACUGGAGACACUCAGGUUAUCUGGUUGCAUGGUCACAGAUAAAGGCUGUUCUUCUCUGGCUGCAGCACUCAGUUUAAACCCCUCUCAUCUAAAGGAACUGGAUCUGACCUACAAUCACCCAGGAGAGUCAGGAGUAAAGCUGCUGUCUGCUAGACUAGAGGAUUCACAACACACACUCAGAGUGGAACAUGAAGGGAAAAUCAGAAUCAAACCAGGACUAAAUAAAUAUGGCUGUGAUCUCACACUGGACCCAAACACAGCAUACAUUCGUCUGUCUCUGAGUGAGGGGAACAGGAAGGCAGUGUGGGGAGAGGAGCAGCCGUAUCCUGAUCAUGCAGAGAGGUUUGAUGUGUGCUGGCAGGUUCUGAGUAGGGAGAGUGUUACUGGGCGCUGUUACUGGGAGGCUGAGUGGAGCGGGAGAGGAGCUGCUGUAGCUCUGAGUUAUAAAACCAUCAGCAGGAAAGGAGGAGGACCGGACUGUCGGUUUGGAGAGAAUGAAAACUCCUGGAGGCUGAGCUGCUCUAAUAACAGAUACUCUGUUUAUCACAAUAAUAACAGAACUGAUCUCACCUGUCCUCCCUCCGGCUGUAGGAGAGUAGGAGUGUAUGUGGACUGUCCAGCCGGCACUCUGUCCUUCUACAGAGUCUCCCCUGAUACACACACACUCACACACUUACACACAUUCAACACCACAUUCACUCAGAGCGUCUACGCAGGGUUUUAUGUUUCAGAUGUUGGCUCCUCAGUGCGUGUGAUAUAGGAUAGCCAACUGUGGGUGUGUGUUCACUGUACAAUUCACUGAACCUGAAUGGAGGUCCGUACGUUUUUUAUUAUAAUCACAUGUGUACCGUGUACUUGUGUGUCCUCCAUUGUUACUUACGCUCGCCUUAACACUUGGGUCAUUUAUGGGACACAUUUUAGAAUGUGUAGAACAUUGUGUAAAUUUAAAAGAAUGUUUAAAGAUAAGAUGAUAAGCACUUGUAAAUAUGAGGAAUGAUCUAUUAAUGAUGGAAGGCUUCAAUAUGUUGAUUAACAUUUUGACAUUCUUCUGUAUUAUUUAUGUGUAAGAUUUGACUGUAUAAGAUUUAAAAAGGGUCUAUGAUCAGGAGAUCGCUGGUUCAAAACCUGUUUGUGAAGCUUGCCAUCGGUCACCGGAGCCCUGAGAGAGCAAAGUUGGUCUUGCUCUCUCUCUGGGUGGGUACAGUAGAUGGCGCCCUCUCCCCUCAUCACUCCUAGGGUGAUGUGGAUCAGCCCAGGGCUGCAUCUGUGAGCUGAUGUAUCAGAACCGAGUCUAUUAUCUUUUUUCUCUUUUCUUCUUUUUUUGUGUGAAAUCAUGUGUGCACUUAAUGUUUUUCAUUACUGUUUUUAUUGUCACUUUGCAUAAAAGUGUGUAACUUUUAUAAACCGAAAUAUACUAAAGUAAAACAAAAAAACUCACUGACAAUAACUAGUAGUAGUACACUGCUAGUUUUAUUUAUCAUUGAGGAAAACCUACUGCACACAGAUUUUGUAUUUGUAGCCACAUGUACAGUUUAUGAGUAAUUUUGUCUAUAAAUGUACUUUGGUUUAAUUUAUGUAUGGGAACCUUUUAAAUGUACACAGAUUGGUUAUUAGAGGCCUACAGAUUCUUGAUUUCUCAAGAGUUAGAGGAAAACAACAACUAACAACAACUGUUCUAUUUAAGAAGAGCUGCUUCAUUUUUUUUAAGGUAAAUGUUUUUUUUUUUAGAUGUGAGAGAAUUAAUCCAUUUUUUUUAUACCUGUUGCUUUGAACUCUUUGUGUACGUGUGAUGUACUGUAUGUGUAAGGUAGACUUGUUUUUGUGUGUGAAAAACUAAUCUUACUUUUCUCAUGUUUCUUAUACCUGUGUAGAGUUAGAGGGGGGUGUGGGAGUGUCAUGGUGGCAGGUAGCACAACACAGCACCAGGAUAAUACACCUUAUUUUAUUUCGCGAACACUGUGAUAAUUUAGAAAUAAGAACUCAGGUGAGCCAGCAUUUUUUAUUUAUUUAUUUUUUUGGGUUCGGGAGGAUCUAGUGUGUGUUCCUUUUUUUUUUUUUUUUUUUUACUUUUUUACUAUAAUAUAAAACUAUGGUACCAAUGCUUUAUCUGUUUAUAUAAAAAUGCAGCAAAUAGUGUCACAUUUGUGUAACUGUGUUUCGUUAUUGUGCUCAUGUUACUCCAUAGUCUGCACCUGUUCUUAGUUAGGAGGAGCAGGAAAGAGGAAAAGAAGGUUACUUUGUUCGACUGCUUAAGCAACUGUUUUCUAUUUGUGUGAGUGUAAAUACUUAUGUGAUUGUAGUUAUUUUGUGUUUUCACUACCCAGAUAUGAAUAAAAUUCAGCAGUUUGACCAA